AUGAGAAGUGCAGCUGGUCUAUUUUUGAUCAUAUUUAUCAUGGAAUGUUUCAGUGUUUUGCUAGCGAAAAGUGACACUUUCAGUACCGGAAGUAGUUUCGAUGAUGCUACCGAAUCCAGUAAUAGAACACUGAGUAGGAGAAAGCGCUUUCUUUUGUUUCCUAUCAACGGCCAACUUGUGAUUACUAUGGCAGCUGCAAAGUUGCUUAUCUUCAAAGGUCCCGGAGGACAUUACCUCACUUCUGAAAUUGACAUGUACUACCCACUGCCAGAUUAUCGUUAUAGAAUAGCAUCUUUGAGAUUGGGUCAAAUCGCACAAUUACCAAAUGAACCGGGUCCUCCGAAAAAAACACCACCAACUCCGGCACCUGUCAUGGUUUCCCAACCAAUUCCCAUACCGAUGAUGGAGGAGCACCAUCAUCAUCAUCACCACGAUCACGAUGGCCACGAGCUGACAGAAACCGAGCUUCAACAAUAUUUGAAAGAACAUCCCGAAUCUUGGGUUCCUCCCGGCUACGGAAAAGAGAGAUCAGAUCAGCUCUACCCACCCGCAAAUGCAGAGUCACGCAAUUCUUACGCUAAUACCAACGAUUACGAUGAGCUUUCGUGGAAUAAAUACCUAGAUCAGGAUCAGGACCAUACACAAGCGAUCAAUUUGUGGCAUCAGGAUCCAGCAGAGUACGUUGAACGGUACUUCCCUCGAAAGAAACGUUCGCUCGGUGGUGGAUUCGACUACCAGUUGGAUGAGGAACCGGAUCGAUUCGGCAUUAACCACCACCGCGAUUGGGAACACUUUUACCAUUAUCGGGAACGGCGGGAGUUGUAUAAUACUUUGGAGAAGGAAAUAGGUGACAGGUUCAACGUACCGGUGAAAGCGUGCAUUCUGAGGUCGAUUUGUGAGGUCCGCGGAUUUAUGCUGGCACCAGGAAAGUCCAUGAUGAUGGACAUCGCUCGGAUCGUUUUCAGACUGCCACUGAAAGAGGAAAUGGACGAUGAGUACAGUGCCGAAAUGCGAAAUGAGGAGGUCGAUUGCCAUCGACUGUAUGGAGAUAAGUGUCCCUUCAGCAUCGUUCAGCUAUUGUUGUUUGGACAGUUGGUUUGGUAA